UAGAAGCAGGCCUAAAAUGAAGCUAGGGCACAAAACUAUCCAUUAUGCUUGUUUACCUUAACACAAAAUUCUUGCUUAAUUGAGAUGCAGAGAAUACACUUUCAUGAAUUUGGUGACUGGUUUGCCAAUACGAAGUUUUAAAAUCCAGAAGGCUUUUCUUCUCGACAGUUCUUUUUCCAUUUUCGUUUCCAAAUAAACCCGUGGGCCUGUUUCAAGGGGAAAUAUGUAGAAACUCAAUCCUUUGUCAGCUUUUUUUUUUAGCCCAAGACUUGCAUUGAGGAACACAAAAGUAAUGAUUAAAAGUCAUGAUUAUAUGUAUCUGAUAUAAUUUUAUAAUUUAUUUAGACUUUAAUUAUACUAGAAACUAGUUCCAUAAUUUCCAGCCAGCAGCCAGAUCAUAACAUAACCUGUGGUGCAAACAGCCUACGUCAAGACGAAAAACGCCAUGAUGUUUACGUCACAACUGAUUUUUUGGCUAGGCGGGGUAGGGGGGGAUUUGUUACACACAGGCCUUAUGAGGAUAAGCCAUCCUUAGUAGUGUGUAUCAUCCUUGAUAGUUCAUUGGAUCUAGUACGGAACUAGUGCAUUUUUUUCUAUCUCUGUCGUUUUCUUCUACAGGUCGAUUAAAGGAUGCAAAUACACUACUCAGUGCGCGAUUUGAAUGGAACAGAUGCGUGGUGCAUGACUUUUCGAAAGGAUUUAGGGCGGCUGUUCCGGAACUCCUCGUAGGUGUGAAAGGAAUACAACUAUUCACUCCUCAAGCAACGAAAAAAAUGAAAACGCCAUAGUGAUAUUCUGACAGAUGUUUGAUGUUUUUUGUUUGUGUUUUGCUGAGUAAUCAAAUCAUUUCAAUUAAUGUGGUUAAUUUUACUGUGGUCAUUGAUAAGAAACCAUUCCAACUAGAAUUAUUUGAUUUCAUUAUCCAUUUGCUAUUGCUAUUGUGUGGUUGUGAGUGCCAUAAUUAUUGGCUGUUAGCUCAAAUAAACAGCAAAAAUCAUGGCGAAGUUUGGGGUUGCUUUAAUCCUCGGCUUUCUUGUUGCAGCUGCCAACUGCGAACUUGUCAGGAUACCUCUUAUCAAGGGAACAACGCCAAGAAACACUCUAAGGGAAGUUGGCACUCACGUUCAGCAAGUUCGCCUGAAAUAUAAUGCUUACGGAGGACCUAUUCCUGAACCUCUUUCCAAUUAUCUAGAUGCUCAAUAUUUCGGUGCGAUUUCCAUUGGAUCGCCUCCACAAAAGUUUACAGUUGUUUUCGACACGGGCUCGUCGAAUCUUUGGGUACCAUCCAAACAAUGUCACUACACCAACAUUGCCUGCUUGCUCCACAACAAGUAUGACUCUACUCAAUCAUCUACCUACAAGAAAAAUGGAACUGAUUUCUCUAUUACUUACGGAUCUGGUAGCCUUUCAGGAUUUCUAUCCACCGAUAUUGUUACAAUUGGUGGUACCCCAGUCAAAGACCAAACUUUUGGGGAAGCCAUGAGCGAACCUGGCUUAGCAUUCGUUGCAGCCAAAUUCGAUGGUAUUCUUGGUUUGGCUUAUUCCCGCAUAUCUGUUGAUGGAGUGAAACCAGUUUUCUAUAAUAUGGUUGAUCAAGGGCUAGUGUCUCAACCUGUAUUCAGUUUCUAUCUCAACAGAGAUCCAGAUGCUAAACAAGGAGGAGAAAUUAUUUUUGGCGGUUCCGAUCCAAAUUACUACACUGGAACUUUCACUUAUUUGCCAGUCGAUCGUGAAGCUUAUUGGCAAUUCCAAAUGGACAGCGUUAAAAUUGGCGGAAAAGCUUUUUGCAAAGGUGGAUGUGAAGCCAUUGCAGACACUGGCACUAGUUUGAUCGCUGGUCCAACGGAAGACAUCAAAGGUAUUAACGAAGCCAUUGGUGCUACGCCCAUUAUUGGAGGCGAAUAUACCGUCGCUUGUGAACUUAUUCCGAAAUUACCAACUAUUGAUUUUGUUCUUGGUGGUAACACUUUCACUUUGGAAGGCAAGGAUUAUGUUUUAAGGGUAAGUAGUAUGGGUAAAACAAUCUGCCUGUCAGGAUUUAUGGGAAUAGACAUUCCACCACCUAAUGGUCCUCUAUGGAUUUUGGGAGAUGUGUUCAUUGGAAAAUAUUAUACAGAAUUUGAUGCCGGUAAUAACAGAGUUGGCUUCGCCAUCACUAAGGCAAACUAAUUAUUUUAACUUCCAUUUCAAACAAAAAUACUAUUUUUCCGAGUUAUUUAGGUUAAUUUGCUAGAUGCUAGAUGCAUUUGUCCCAUGACAAAAACCAAAAAAAAAUAGUUAUUGUAUAAUAUAGUUUGAGAGGGUGAAUCUCUUGUAUUGUGAUAACGAUUAAAUAAAAAGCCAUGUUAGGGUAAAAUAAAUUGUUUUUUUAAAGUAUUCCUAUAAAAUAAUUAUUUUGAUUAAAUCUGAGAUUUAUUUAAAUAGAUAAAUGAAAAAUGUGUGGUGGGUAGAUUCAAAU